AUGAAGUCGGCCUGCAAACCCCAUGGCUCUCCGGCGGGAGCACGCGGCGCGCCUCCGUGCGCGGUUGCGGUCGAGCGCUCCGGGCCCGGGCGACUGGAGAGCGCGGCGCGCAGGCGCCUGGCGGCUAACGCGCGGGAGCGCCGCCGCAUGCAAGGGCUGAACACGGCGUUCGACCGACUGCGCAGGGUGGUGCCGCAGUGGGGCCAGGACAAGAAGCUGUCCAAGUACGAGACGCUACAGAUGGCGCUCAGCUACAUCGUGGCGCUCACGCGCAUCCUGGCCGAGGCCGAACGAGACUGGGUGGGGCUGCGCUGCGAGCAGCGGGGUCGAGAACAUCCCUACCUCUCCUUCCCGGGUGCCAGGCUGCAGGAGCCUGAGCCCUAUGGCCAGAGGCUCUUCGGCUUCCAGCCCGAGCCCUUCCCCAUGGCCAGCUAA